AUGCGCGUCCGCGGCUCAGGGGCCAAGGCUGUCAACUUGUCAGCCCCAAACCCUAUGAUGAGUGUCUCAAAUCCUUCCCGUCUCCCGCGCAUGUGCAGGAUUGAGUUUAGUACAGAGAGGAGCGAGCCCGCCUACAAGCCGAUCAUUACCAGUUCCUGGGACGUGCAGAUGCCAGGGCUGGGGGCCGGCUAUCGUAUUUGUCACGAAAGCAGAUACGAAAUAAAAUACUGGGGCCUGUACUCCUUAGCAAGAUCUCAGCGUCUUUGGCGCCGGGCCUUUGGGUCGAUAAACGAGCGUCGAUCAGGAACCACCGUUAGUGAAUUGGUGGAAAUUUGGGCAACUAUCGCGGUGGAUGCUCCAUAG